GCGGCGGCGGCGGUAGCGGCGGCGGCGGCGGCGGCCCGGGAGGUUUAUAAUAAAGGUGCUAAGGAGGAGAAUGUAAGACAAAAAUAAUUAAAUAUUUCACAGAGAAACAUGCUUUGGGUGUCACCUGGCGCAGAGUGCAUGCAGCAUUCAGUGAACACUUACAUGUGUCUGAUGUGAUCCAGAGUCUCUUCAACAGGCCACAUUUAAGAGGUGACUUGACUCCCUUUUGCUGGUGGCUGGAGCACAAUGGAUCACGCAGGGGCCAUAGACACCGAGGAUGAACUGGGACCGUUAGCCCAUCUUGCUCCAAGUCCUCAGAGCGAGGCCGUGGCUCAUGAAUUCCAGGAGCUCUCCUUGCAGUCCAGUCAGCACCUACCCCCUCUAAAUGAAAGGAAGAAUGUGCUCCAGCUGAGGCUACAACAGAGGAGGACGAGAGAGCAACUAGUGGACCAGGGCAUCAUGCCACCUUUGAAGAGCCCGGCGGCAUUCCAUGAACAGAUAAAAAGCUUGGAACGAGCCAGAACUGAAAACUUCCUGAAACACAAGAUCCGGAGUCGACCAGACCGUUCUGAACUUGUCAGAAUGCACAUUUUAGAAGAAACAUUUGCAGAGCCUUCCCUACAGGCUACACAGAUGAAGUUGAAAAGAGCUCGGCUAGCUGAUGAUCUGAAUGAAAAGAUUGCUCAAAGACCUGGUCCCAUGGAGCUGGUGGAGAAAAACAUCCUUCCGGUAGACUCCAGUGUCAAGGAAGCAAUUAUAGGCGUUGGGAAGGAGGACUACCCCCACACUCAGGGCGAUUUCUCGUUUGAUGAAGACAGCAGCGAUGCUUUGUCUCCGGACCAGCCCGCCAGCCAGGAGUCCCAGGGGUCAGCCGCAUCCCCUAGUGAGCCAAAAGCUAGCGACUCGCCGUCUUCAGUGACUGCAAACACAGCUGCCCAGUUUACUGCAGUGUCCCCAGCGGUUCCUGAAUUCUUGAAGACUCCUCCGACUGUGGAUCAGCCUUCCACAAGGUCCACAGCUGCCGUCCUCCCCACGAACACUGUGUCCUCAGCAAAGCCUGGCCCAGCACUGGUCAAGCAAAGCCACCCCAAGAAUCCAAAUGACAAACAUCGUAACAAGAAGUGCAAAGAUCCCAAACCCCGGGUCAAGAAGUUGAAGUACCACCAGUACAUUCCUCCAGACCAGAAAGGAGAGAAGAACGAGCCGCAGAUGGACUCCAACUACGCCCGCCUGCUGCAGCAGCAGCAGCUCUUCCUGCAGCUGCAGAUCCUGAGCCAGCAGCAGCAGCACUACAACUACCAGACCAUCCUGCCUGCGCCAGUCAAAAAUGACAAAAACAACAACAGUGGGAAUUCAGCCUUGAACAACAGCACAUCGAACACGCCGAGACAGAACACAUCUGCUCCUGCGAGAAAGCCAGGACCACUGCCUUCUAGCCUGGACGACUUAAAGGUAUCAGAACUGAAGACAGAACUGAAAUUAAGGGGUUUGCCAGUGUCAGGCACCAAACCAGACCUCAUCGAACGCCUGAAACCCUACCAGGAAGCAAACAGUGGUGGCCUUGCUGCUAGCGGUAUGGUGGCAGUGUCAUCGGCAGCCAUCGUCACCAGUAAUCCGGAAGUCACCGUGGCGUUGCCAGUUACAACACUGCAGACUGCUGUGACCAGUGCCCGGUCCACUUUCAAGGCGGAAUUGCCGUCCUCCGGCAGCGUGGCACACGUGGACAGUGCUCACUCCCCCCUGCCCAUCUCACCCUCGCCCUCUGAACAGUCCAGCCUCAGCACCGACGACACCAGCAUGGCCGACACCUUCACUGAGAUUAUGACCAUGAUGUCGCCCUCCCAGUUUCUGUCUUCAUCUCCCUUGAGGGUGGCAAACAACGAGGACAGCCUGAGCCCCACUGGCAGCACUCUGUCACACCUGGAACUGGAUGCCGCCGAGAAGGAUCGCAAGCUUCAGGAGAAGGAGAAGCAGAUCGAGGAGCUCAAGAGGAAACUAGAGCAGGAGCAGAAGCUCGUGGAAGUUCUGAAGAUGCAGCUGGAGGUGGAAAAGCGUGGGCAGCAGCGGCCGCCGGAGCCCCAGCCUAGCGCCCCUAAGUCAGACCAGAAAGCGGGCAGUGUUGGCCCCUCCAUCAAAGAUGAGGCCUCCCUCCCUGACUGCUCCAACUCCAGGCAGCCCGUCCCUACUGGGGGCCAGAGCGUGGCUGCCCAAAAGGCUGUGGUGAUCAAGCAGGAGGUGCCUGUGGCGCAGGCGGAGCAGCAGAGCAUCGUCCCGCAGUUUUACGUGAGUCCCCAGGGACAGCCACCGCCUGCUGUUGUCGCUCAGCCCCAGGCUUUACUGACCACCCAGACUGCUCAGCUGCUGCUCCCUGUGUCCAUCCAGGGCUCGAGCGUCACCUCCGUGCAGCUCCCCGUAGGCAGCCUCAAGAUCCAGACUGCGCCACAAGCAGGAGUCCAGCCUCAGCCUCAGAUAGCAACUGCUGCCCAAAUCCCUGCUGCCGCCUUGUCCCCAGCCCUGGCCUCAAGCGUCCCUCAGAAACAAGACCCGUUCCAGCAGCAAGUGCUCAGUCAGCCUCAGCAAGCGAGAAAGCAGGCUUUCACAAACUCGACCCCCAACACCGUGCUUCCGUACCAGAGACCACCUGCACCAGCCGUCCAGCAGCCCUUCGUCAGUGCCCCCACCAGCAGCAUCUGCCAGCCCAGAAACGCCCCACCCCCAGCCUUGCAGAACGGGGCUCCUGCUCCCACCAAGCCUAGCUCGCCUUCUCCACCCCAGCAGUUUGUCGUCCAGCACUCCCUGUUUGGGAGUCCGGUCGCCAAGACAAAAGACCCUCCCCGCUAUGAGGAGGCCAUCAAGCAGACACGCAGCGCACAGUCGUCCCUUCCGGAGAUUUCCCACGCCCACAGUCAGCAGAUGGACGACCUCUUUGAUAUCCUCAUCAGAAGUGGAGAGAUUUCUCUGCCUAUAAAAGAGGAGCCCUCUCCUAUUUCCAAAAUGAGACCAGUGACAGCCAGCAUCACCACAAUGCCCGUCAACACCGUGGUGUCCCGGCCGCCGCCCCAGGUCCAAAUGGCACCCCCUGUCUCCUUGGAGCCCCUGAGCAGUUUAUCUGCCAGCCUAGAGAACCAACUAGAAGCUUUCCUGGAUGGAACUUUGCCUUCAGCCAAUGAAAUCGCUUCUCUACAAAGCAGCAGUGAAGACAGAGAGUCCUUCUCUCUGAUCGAGGAUCUCCACACUGACUUACUGGAGCACUCGCACUCACCCAUGGAGACCUCCGAGGCCCAGUUCGCAGCAGGCACCCCCUGCCUGUCCCUGGACCUCUCGGACUCAAACCUGGACAACAUGGAGUGGUUGGACAUCACCAUGCCCGGCACGUCGUCGGGACUCACUCCGCUCAGCGCCACGGCACCAAGUAUGUUCUCCGCCGACUUCCUCGACCCCCAGGACCUCCCGCUGCCGUGGGACUAGUGCCGCAGGGUUCUUGUCUCGGGGGCCGUGAGGUUUUAGAACACAAAGAAGUUUCUAGAGACAGAUCCAUAGUUGCAUUCUUGCAAUUGAAACACAUUGUCAUGGACAGAAGACAGAAGGUUCUAAGCCUGGAACCCAAGUUUGGAAACCUUUCAUUGCGCCUGGCAGUGAAUUUCUGCAGCUUAGCGUAGCACGGGCCUUCCGCAGCGUACACUAGUCAAAGAGGACUUGUCCAUUUCUCCAGACUUCAGUGCAGCGGGAAGAGUACCUUUAGCUAAAACACAGAUGAGAAUCACACACACGGGAAAUGACACUAGGAUUCUCUGGUUACCAACUACAUUUAAACCUCUGUGGUCACUUUACGACUCUAAAUAAAGGCAGAUGACUACACUCAACCCAGGCCAGUCAGUGUGAGGGCGGUGAGCGGUACUGCAGGUUGUACUUCUGGCGACGGCGCAAGCCAGGCCAAGCCAGCAGGGCUCAGAGGCAGUGCAGGGCCCUGGCCAGUUCAGUGACAGCUUCUAGCUGAAGACUUUUGGUUCAUCCAGAAACCUAUGUAAUUUUUUUGUGUUGUAGUUUAUUUUGUGAUUUUUGGAAUCUCACUUUAGAUUUCUAAAUUUAAACUUAAAUGGGAGCCUUUCAUUAUAACCAGAAGAUGUCCACAGAAGCAAUCCACUGUAAAAAGUCCAGCUGUACUGCAAAUCCUAGCAGCAGCCCUCCAGGGUGGGUUCACUGGUUUUGCCCCGUGUAUCAGACGUUUGUGUGUCUCCUCUGACAUGGUGACUUAUACAGCCGACAGUAGGGUAAGGAUGUGGGUAUCCAGUGGUCCUGCUUUUGUGAUAACUCGAACGUCUCUCGAGUACCUGAGCCACAUGUGUUUGUGUUAAGAAUCACUGACUUUCAGGUAACCAGACCCAUCUCGAAGAACCAAGGCAAGGCUUUAGCAUGAGCGAGCUUUCUGAGCUGGUGCGGUAGAAGAGGGGACGGUCCCUCUGCAGCCGAUGACAGCCUGGCCGGCCUUCCCUGCCUCGUGUCCCAGGCCAUCACUUCAUAAGCUUCUAACUGGACAUCACCAUCCUUUCAAGCCGAAGAUUAGAAAACUGGAGGUUUUACUUUUUUUUUUUUUAACAUAGAAAAAAGUCACUACAUACUUGUUGAGUAGCUUAAGAAUUUCCUAAAAUGCCAACUCUCAGAGCAUUUCCAAAAUUAUUUUAGUCAUUUAAAAAUGGUAAAAUGUAAAUAUCCGAACAAAAAACUGAACUCUAGCAAAAGAAUGUGGAGAUGUUUACCCUCUCGCAGACCUGUGCGCUCCUCACCACGAAAUGGCCCCCUGCUCCCCGGUGCAUGCAGGAGUCUGCCUGGCCCACUACUCACAAAAAACGUGGGAAUGACUUCGGGUCUGUGUUCUGAGCGCGGAUCUCGUUUCUGGAGCCUAUUCGGUUGGGGUUCACACGAGCACACAGGAGCCCUGUGGGUGCAGAGGCCCCUAUGCCCAGUGCACUCUGUGGCAGACAGCUUACGUGUGUAGCAGGGGGUGACGUGAUGUGCAGGGUACAGUAACCGUCUCCUCACCUGGGCAGGCACCUGCCUCAGGGGGGCUCUUGGCUGUGGUUUGUUGCCAAGGCAUUUGGCUGGAGUUUGUCAGCUGCAUCCUUAGUCCCUGAGCAUCUUCAUUCAGAUUUGGAUGGCUUACUAAAGUAGCACCAAAUGUCAGUGGGACAGUAGGAGGCCAGGGACACCCAGAGCUGUUCCCUCCCGUGAGCAGCUCUGUGUCCACGAUCCUGACCUGCAUACGAGUUGCCUUUCUGGUCCUCGGGCCCCUUUAUUGCUUCUUCAGAUAGGAUUUGGAACAUGCCACAGGAAGGCUGCUCUCGGAAAACACAGCCCAGUGCAGGGAACGCUCCGUGGCGACUGUGACUUCUCAGGAGCCCACUUCACAUAGGCAUGGGACGCUGCGUGGACCAGAAGGCACGUCUCAGGAGAGCCAGGGCUCCAGCUAGUGCUCCAUCAGCCAUUCCGCUUGCCCUGUUCGCCUGGCCAUCCUCUCCCAGCUGUCCUGCAGUCUCAGCCACGUGUUCCUGGUUGCCAUGUGCACUUGACAAGACCAAAGACCAGUCUGCAAACAAGGCCCUUGACCUGAGCCUGCGUGCCUGGCACAGGUGCCCUGAGGUUCCGCGGGUUUGGGAAAGACAGUUCCAUGUUGUUGUUGAAGGUCAAUUUCACAGCCAUGCAAGCACAGGGCAAAGCAGCCAGCACAAGAGGUCCUGCUGUACAUCACAUUACCAAGAAGGCAACUCCUGGAGACAGGUAAUCUCACAUCCCGUUGUCCUCGCGACCAGCUCUUCAAACGCACUGCAAUCAGCGUCUCCUCUCUGCUGGGAGCAGGGUGGUGUGCAGUCUUAGCAAAGCUUCCACCAAGCCUGGGGCAGCCUAGGGGGUGUGGCCGUCUUGUACUUUCAGCAAAGCAUGGGCUAGAAACCUCUUAGAGCAAAAUUAGUGGUCAAGUCCCCUGAAGCUGCAGCCCACUGUGUAGUGUUUGCCACGUGUCUGUGCGCAAAUGUGUUCUGAACAUGUGGGAUUUCUUCCCGAGAUGCUGUUUGUUCUUGCUUCAUAGGAAUGUUUUUGUGAUCCCGAAGAGAUCUUCUUUAAUUGCCUUUUUGCAAACCCGUGCUGCAGGGACAGACACUUACUGAUUUGUCGGGGCUGUCGAGGAGCAGUGGCGAAGGCAGACUGGGGUCACCUCCGGGCUGCUGCCUGUGGAGGCAGGGCCCCGGCGAGAAGACGGUGCCCUGCUGUACCGGCAGCCAGUUAGCCAUCCUGUCAGCACAGCCACGCUGCCCCCCCAGCCCAGAGCGUGCGUGCAGACGAGCCAUAGCCGCUGGCCUCCAGCUAUCCCCACACGCGUUGGCGCGGUCCCUGGGAGAAGUGGGGCGCCCUGGGCAGGGCUGGAAGCGCCUGGGGGAGGCGCCUGUCUCAGUGUCUGUCCUUGGGCCCUGGGCAUUCCCCUGACCCCCACCAGCUUGCCCAGGCGGGGAGCGCGGGGCACUGCCAGGGACCUUUUAGAGACGGUGAAGAACAGCUGUUCGUGUGUCAGCAGAGCGACACGGCGCACUUUAACCAGGUUCACAAACAACUCUGUUCUCCAUCACUUACACAUGAACACCGAGUGCUGGCAACAGAGACCACCAACAGACCACCAAAUACCAAUUGUCCUGUGCCCUGGAAGCCAUGAAAUUAGUCCAAACUUGUCACCAUUAACUGGAAGGUCAGGUUGAUGAAGGAACACCGCUUGUGAGUGCAUCGGAGUGUAUUUGGAGAGCGCCUGACCACAUCCCCACUCGCCCCCUACGUGACUGCAGUCAGAACUGGAAAGUAACAUUGAGGCGCGGCAUUCCUUCCCCGGCCCCGCCUUUGCUGGCCGGCCUCUUCACCAGUCCCCUGGGGCCGCGCUCCUGUGGGCCAGGGACUCUGCCCAGCGCGGAGCAGGCCGGCGUAGUUCCGCUCAACCUGCUCGCAGCGUCCGAGGAGACGCACCACUGCAAAGGGUUCUGUCCACACUCUGGUGUCAGGCGUGCGAUUCAGAAAGCUGCACAUGUUUACAAAAGAGCUCUCACCCUACUCACACACACCCCACUCUGUGAAUCAUGAUGGGAAAAUGUCACAGUCUGUGACAACAGGAUGGCAGUCAGAUCCACAGGUGCUGCCUGGAAUCAAGCGAAAUAUGGAAUUGGAGACGUUGACACAGCUACCAUGUGUAACAGAGCUUGGUGCCAACUACUAGGACGAAGCUUUAACCAAGACCGUAGAAAUCACCAGAACUCCUAACAAUUACCUCUCUGCAUUCGUUCUGCUGUAAGCAAUCUUGCUAACUGGUAGGAAGGGGAAGCAUUUAGGAAGGGGUUAGUCUCUACCAAAAGUACUUGACCUCGAGUAACCAAGAGGAUGCAAAUGUUUCAAAGGAACCAAAGGCAUUGCCAAGUAUUUGCCAAAAGGAGGCACUUUUUAUUUAAAAUUUGAGACUAAUGAGAUCUCAAAAACCAGUCCCAAAAAGGUAUUAUACAUUUAAGGUUAUAAUUUUCACAGAGAUGUAGAUAUUUCUCUAUCGUCUUCAUGUAAAAUAGUAGAGAGCUGUUUUAAGAAUACAUAUCUAGUAGUAAUACCAGGUUUUUUUCCUUUCCAUGUAGAAAUUAUUGCUUGCAAUAGAAAUGCAACGUGAUAGGUGUUUCUCUUCUUAUUUUCAUUGUCACAUUAUGUCUUAGCAUCUCACUCUAUGAAAACAAGAAGAAAGAUACCAAUCCACGGAGCCCUGCUUGUUGAAGCAACAAGAAACGAUGGCAGUUGGGGGUCCAUUUGUUAUUGCCUUUGUGUUGUUUUUAAGAAGAAAACCAUGAUGCCUUUGUCCCUGCUGUCUGCACCCCUGACCUCGAGUCCGCAUCAUGGCCGGGUGCCAUACGUGUUGCACGUGCACUGUACGUAGGUGGCACACGCGUGUCCCGUGUGUGCGCACAUCCCUCGUUACAUCUCUGUACAUAGCGGCAGGAUCGUAGCUGAUCGGGAAACGUUUGAUAUCUCGGCAAUUUUGCAUUUUUGUGUCUCAAAUAAAAGACAUUUUGAUGUAC